GCCAUUGAACUUCUGUAUUGCCACAAAGAAAUAUCGAAUCGUUAAAGAAAAUGCGUCCUUAUAUGUCCUUGAUUGCUAUUUUAGCUGUUGGUGUCAUCCUUGUUGAUGCUGCGCCACACAAACACUCGGGCCAUGGUCAUGGAGAGGCUACCAGUUAUGCCGUUGUAACCAAACAUGAAGAUCAUCAUGACGGUCAUCACGGAGGAAGUGGAUAUGGUCACCAUGGACAUGGCCACCAUGUUGAACAUCAUGGUAUAGGUGGUGAUCAUUACGGUGAUGGUCAAGGAAGUGGUCAUCACGAUGAUAGCCAUGAUUAUCACAGUUAUCCUAAAUAUGAAUUCAAUUAUGGCGUCGAGGAUUCCAAAACCGGUGAUGUCAAAAAUCAGUGGGAAACCAGAGAUGGCGAUCAGGUUAAGGGAAGUUAUUCUCUCAAAGAAUCCGAUGGAACAACUCGUGUUGUAAAAUAUACUUCAGAUAAGAAAAAUGGAUUUGAGGCUACCGUUGAAAAAAUUGGUCAUGCCAAUCAUGCUGACGAGAAGCAAAAUCAUUAUGACCACGGACAUUCCGCUAACCACGACGAUUAUUAUGGCCGUGGAGAAGCCAGCAGUUAUAUAGUGGUCAAGAGCCAUUAAAGAAGGCCAAAUAAGACUACCGAAUGGAGAAGGAAAGAA